GUUUGUGAAAAGCACCUUCUAGAUAGAUCGGCCGCUUGACUACAUUAAAGAUAAAAAAAGAAGCUCAAUAAUAGUAAUCUCUCAAUAAUCUUAGGGGUUCACAUGAGUGCUUCUGUGGCUCCGCCUCAGGGUGAUCCAGUUUAAUUGACUUAUUCCAACAGGUUGAGGCUGAUUUCCUCUGCAGCUCACAGACAGAUCAUCACUGAUAUCCCUGGACUCCUCUGCCACUCACACAGCAUUUGCUUCUUUGACAAGGAUCAAGAAGGAUACUCCAGCCAUACCUCAGACAUAGUCGUCUGUUUACCACUUUGACAGAGUAGAGGAGGCCACUCCCUAGUAAAAGCCGUUUGUUAAUUGCCCUUUGAAAGCUCAAGUGCCAGAAAUUCCUAUUUUGAUUUGGCUUUAAAACAUCACCAACACCAUCAACAAUGGGUAACUCCAAAAGUGGCGCUGUGUCCAAGGAGAUCCUGGAAGACCUGAAACUCCAUACCAAGUUCACAGAGACUGAGAUUGCUCAGUGGUAUGAAAACUUCAAGAAGCAGUGUCCAGAAGGGCGCAUCACAAAAGAGGAAUUCCAGUCCAUCUACAGUCGGUUCUUCCCGGAAAGUGACGCCCAGACAUAUGCCCAACAUGUCUUCCGCUCUUUUGACACAAACGAUGAUGGAACACUGGACUUCAAGGAGUACAUCAUUGCUCUCCACAUGACAUCAACAGGGAAAACCACCAGCAAACUGGAGUGGGCAUUUUCGCUGUUCGACGUGGACAGGAACGGAUACAUCACAAAGUCAGAGGUCAAGGAAAUCUGUACGGCAAUCUUUAAGCUGAUUCCCAAAGAUGAGCUGGCUGAUCUGGCUGAGGAUGAAAACACAGCUGAGAAGAGGGCAAAUAAACUCUGGGAUAUCUUUGAAAAGGGCGAGAAUGACCGAGUUGCAGAAGGAGAGUUUAUCCAGGGAGUGUUGGACAAUGACGACGCCCUUCGUUUGAUUCAGUAUACGCCUGCAAAGUAACUCUUCUACAGAUUCAUUGUAUCUCUCUCCAGUCUUGUCGUUUCCAAUUCACCUUUACUCUGCUAAUACAUUGACACCUGACGGCAUCUUCACAACACACAGCCGGUGUGACGUCAGAUUUUAGUUUACAUUUCUUGAGAAAAUGUAAUUACGGAGGUGUGCUUUAGCAACUCAAGCACACAUUUUAAUAUGAUAACAUGUCAAGUGCUUUAGUUAAAGUAUCAUUAUCAUGAAAUAUGUUGUUUGUUUCUCGUCUGGGCAGCCAAUGCUGGUGUCUGUAGUCUCUCGUUCUACCCUGCGUGUUAUUUAAAACCCAGAACAAGAUGUAAUCGCAGCAAGGUCUACCCAUUCUCACUCCCAGUGCGUCAAAAAGCUACGCUUUGUCAGUUGCCAUUGGAUUUAUCACAGACACCAAAAGUCUCAUUUGGCAACUCAGUCACAUGCAGUGGUGGUUUCCUUUUGGUGGUAUUUAAGACGCACUUGGUCGGGAUUCUUGGCGUCACAUUUUGACGCUCUGGGUCGGGACUGAAUUGGCAUGAUUUAAAAAAUGUAUGUUUAUCUGACAUGCGGCAGUAAGGUUUAGGAAAAGAUGUUUGGUGGUGUUACAAAAUUAACGUUUUAGUGACAUGUGACAUGCACUAAAAUAGAGCCCACACCCUGGUCUGUUGGAGGAAAGUCCUGUGUUGUUCCAGCACCCCAACUUACCUCUGUCUUUAAUACCACUCGCUACCGUUGUCGCUCUUAAUGUUACGUCAUCUUAGAGCGCCACAGCUCUGCCCGGUGCGUUCCACACAGACGCUAAAGGGUGGUUUUUGCGUAUUGGUAUCUGACGCUGAGAGCCACUGACCAAGCAUCCGUAUUUUACGAGUUGGGAAUGAGAACGGGUUGGCAAGGUGUAACUGUAUCUGGACCCUUGUUAUUGUCUAAUGUUAUGUCUUUCAUAGUGGUCAAUUCAUCCAACAACAAAAUUUAAACUAUGAAGUUGUAUCUGUAUUCAAAGUAGGUUAAAUUCAAGCGCAACUGGACUUGGUUAAGCUUCUUGAAGACAACUCGUUUCCAUCCGAGAGAUUUUAGUUUUGAAAUUGUAUGAAUUGCAUAAAAUUUAAAUAAAACGUAUGAUGUCAGAAGUC